GCGCGGCCGUUAGCGGUCCUGCUCCGGCGACGGUUGGUGUUCCGGUAGUCCCCGCGGCCGCAGUCUCCCUAGGUCGCAGUGCGCGUGACCCGGCCCCCGUUUGCGCGCUCGCCCCCUUCGCUGGCGCAGUCACCGCGCGGGGCGGCCGCCCGUGAGGUAGCUCCCACGGCUUGUGACAACGAAUAAAGCUCCGGACAGCAGAGCCCUCGGCGACAGCUGGGCGGGCGGCUCCGGCCGGGAGCGGCGGCCUGUGCGCUAUCGGGAGGAGCGAGCGGCGGAGGCGACCUCCGGCCCGGGCCCGCACCAGCCGCCCGGCAGGCGCGACAUGAACCUGGUCUGGCAUUCGCGGGAUGCUCCUUGAGCCCCUUCUCUGGCUAUUACCUCCGGGGGACGGUUGUGGCCAUACCGACACGUAUUUUCCAAAUCAUUGUUUAUUCUUGCGGCGGCGGGGCCGAACACGCUAUUUUUAAUUUUCUCAACAAGACUUUACCCAGCAUUCAUCCAGUGAAACAGCUUGAUAACCGUUUCAAGGGAGCAUCCGCUCGGUUAGGAAGUCUCGGACUGAGCAGCUCGUGGAAGCCGGCAUUUGCAAAGUCCCUCCUCAAAUGCUCUGAAGAUUGUUGAGUCUUCCCGUAACUAUCAGUGUGCCCAGAAUCCCAUUCAAGGAACGUCUUGGUCCAGCGAUGCAAAGCACUGACGUUUCAAGGUUUUAUUUCUAUUGUGAGAUGGCCGGGAUUUCCCCCCAACAACCCGGAGCCGCUCAGUAGCCACUAAAGUGGAUCCCCUAGUGGACGCCCUCCUCCCUCCUCUUCCAGCCCGCCCAAGUGCUUUUGUUGAAUAAGAAGCCCUCAGAUGUCAUUACUUCUGCAAGUGCAACUCAAGGGUCAGAGGAGGAGAUGGAACAAACACAAAGAGAGGAAGAGCAGUCUAGUCUUAGUUUUCUGAACAGCUAGUUGCCUUAGUAGUUGUAUCCAUGGGGAACAGUUGACAGUCCCUGCAGAUGUUCACGCUCCCCCGCUGUGAUUUGAGGACAUGGGUGCUGGAGUGUCUGUCCCUGGAGUGACCUGAUUCACUCAGCUCUCCUUGGAAGAAAUGCUGCCGUCCUCUCCCUUCCUUCAUGGGAGUGGAUUUUAUGUCGUUUUCAUUUGUCUCUCUUUCAGGGAUUUCCCUUUCAGGGAUUUCCCCUUUAACCAAUGAAAACUAAAUUUUCAGUCUGCUGACAUUUGUUGGGGGAGGAGUGGCAGGAUGUCCUCUCCACUCUGGGACAUCUUACUCUUGGCUCAGAUCUAGACAAAGACUGGGAACAGACCAAACGUCAAUGGCCUGCUGAGCUGGGUGAAAAGUGAUGUGAUUUCUGGAAGAGCCGGUAUUGUCCUCAUAAUAGUAUAGAAGAAUUCAAGUUAGGAGAGAGAGGCAGCAGCGAAUGAAGACUAUUAAAGAAAAGAAGAAGGAACGUCAAAGACUGAGAAAAUCUGCCAAGACAAGGAGGGUAACCCAAAGGAAGCCGUCUUCAGGGCCUGUUUGCCGGCUAUGCCUUCGAGAACCUGGGGAUCCCGAAAAACUGGGGGAAUUUCUUCAGAAAGACAAUCUCAGCGUGCAUUAUUUUUGUCUUAUCCUAUCUAGCAAGCUGCCUCAGAGAGGCCAGUCCAACAGAGGUUUCCAUGGAUUCUUGCCGGAAGACAUCAAAAAGGAGGCAGCCCGGGCUUCUAGGAAGAUCUGCUUUGUGUGCAAGAAAAAGGGAGCUGCCAUCAACUGCCAGAAGGAUCAAUGCGUCAGAAACUUCCAUCUUCCUUGUGGCCAAGAAAGGGGUUGCCUUUCACAAUUUUUUGGAGAGUACAAAUCAUUUUGUGGAAAACAUCGCCCAACACAGGACAUCCAGCAGGGGAAGGCAGGGGAGGAAAGCUGUGUCUUAUGUUGUGAAGACUUAUCCCAAGCAAGUGUUGAAAACAUCCAGAGUCCAUGUUGUAGUCAAACUGUCUACCACCGCAAGUGCAUACAGAAAUAUGCCCACACAUCAGCAAAGCAUUUCUUCAAAUGUCCACAGUGUAACAAUCGAGAAGAGUUUCCUCAAGAAAUGCUAAGAAUGGGAAUUCAUAUUCCAGACAGGAGAUGGCGCCUCAUUCUGUGUGCUACAUGUGGAUCCCACGGAACUCAUAGGGACUGCUCUUCUCUUAGAGCCAACAGUAAGAAAUGGGAGUGUGAAGAGUGUGCACCUUCUGCUGAAGCCACAGGAUCCCAUCCAGGAUACCACAUUGCAUUGAAUCGUCAUGUCUCCCUAGGCUCCUCUUGGCUGUAACAGUUUGUCAGAUUUUCCUUGUUUUUGAUGACCUUGGCAGUUUUGAGGAGUACUGGUCAGGUAUUUUGAGAGCCCUCAGUUUGAAUUUGCCUGAUGUUUUUCUCAUGAUUAGACCAGGAUUAUGGGCCUGGGAGAGGGAGAGCACACAGGUAAAGUGCUGUUGUCAUCACAUCAUAUCCAAAUUACAUUCUGUCAACAAGUCUUCUGCUGAUGGUGACCUUGAUCACCUGGUCAAGGAGUGUUUGUCAGGUUUCUCCAGUGUAAAGUUACUUCUUUUCCCCCCUUUCCAGACUGUGCCUUUUGGAAGAAAGUUACUCUGUGUAGCUCACAAUUAAUGAGCAGGGAUUUAUGCCCCCUCCCUCCUUGAGGACAGAAUAUCUAAUUAUUUGGAAUUCUUCUGCAUGGGAGAUUUGCCUAUUCUCUCCCAUUUAUUUAUUCAGUCGUUUGUUUAUAUCAGUCUAGACUUAGGGAUAUGUAUAGUAUACUCUGAGUUAUAAUCCAGUACUAUUUGAUUUAUUUUGUUGCUCAAAUUAUUCUAGCUUUGGCCACUGGGAGUUCCUGUGUCCUUUUCACAUACCACUAUUAUUGUGUGGGGGUUUUUUUUUCUGUUGUUUUUCUGAGCACUUCUUUACUUUUUGGAGCUACAAGAUGCCCCAGGCUCAUCUUGUAUGUUUUAAAUAUGUGUUUUCACAAAUGGUGUGUCUAUUAGAAAUAAUUAGUGUUUUAUAACUCAGGUCCUAAAACGAAGAGUUCACUUGAGGAGGGUAGAAAUAGAUGUUACAUAAAAAUCCCAAAGCACCUUCUCUACUUUCUCUAAUUCUUACCUUUGUAGGAAGCAUAAACUAAGGCCAGAAUCCCAGAACUUCCUCCUAUUUCCCUUUAUCCUCAACUACCCUCUUUCUAAUCAAUUUGAGUGUUUUACAAACGUUUGCAUUCCUCACUAUCCCAAUUGCCAGGGCUCAGCUCUAGACCCCUGUGCCUCAGAGGACUGCAGGAAAAGCCUUCUGUCUUCAUGGGUUCCUAUGUCCACUUGCUUUGCUGACACAUCCACUCUUUUCCCUUAUGCUAAUUGCCAUAAAACAUCUGCUAGCUCUUCACUUAGAAUGGCUCUGCUGAGAUUGGCAUCCAAGCAAGGCCUUCCACAAAUACGGCCCUACUCUUCUGCAUCUUCCUGUCAAACAGGCACUCUGCCCUGGCUACCCUGGAACCCUGGCCCUGAGCAUGAAGUCUGCACUCUGGAGAGCCAUACAUAACCUUUAUCCUCAGCUUGUUGAAUCCAGCCUAAGGGCCAUUUCUUCACCCUUAGGCACUGCCACUGGUCUCUGUUUAUACUCCUAUUAGGGCUAGCAUAAUUCUCCACCUGAUCCUACAGUUGUGGAUCUAUCUCUCCCACUAGAUUGGAAGCCCCCUAAAGGCAGGGACCUGUCUGUCUUAUUAACGUUUCUCCCCUCAUGGUGUCUGACUCUGGACCCCACAUUCAGAGACAGUUUGAUGUCUACUGCAUUGAUGGAAGUGCUUAUACCUUGUAUGCAUAAGCCUGUUGUUUUACUGUCAAACACCAGAGGGCACUGUCAGCAUAUUGAGGAAGAAGGUUAUAACCCUUUAGAGCUGGAAGUUUGAAAAGUUUGCUUCUAUUCUGGGAUUGUAUAGGACUUAAUUCUCUUCACUUGUUCUAAAUACAUCCAUUUGCGUUUAUUCAUGA